AUGGAGUAUUUGACUAGAAGUCUUCAAUAUGCAGCGAUUAAUUCUCCUUUUCGUUUUCAUCCGAUGUGCAAGAGUUUAAAGCUCAUAAAUUUGUGUUUUGCGGAUGCCUUGCUUAUUUUUUGCAAGGGAACUCUUCCAGCUGUUAGGAGUGUUAAGAUGGUGCUUGAUGAGUUUGCCUUUGCUUCUGGUUUGAGCAUUAACUCUGGUAAAUCUCAGAUCUUUUUCGAAGGAGUCUCUUUGGCUGAUAGAAAUAGAAUUUCUCAUGACAUUAACCUUGCAGUGGGUUCAUUUCCCCUAAGAUACCUAGGGGUUCCUAUGAGGCCUACUAAAUGGAAACAUACUGACUGUGAGGUGUUCAUUCAGAAAUUUAGAUUGAAGAUUCAGAAUUGGGCUAGUAGACACCUAUCUUUUGCUGGCUGGAUUCAACUUAUUAACUCUGUUCUUCUUAGGCUUCGCAACUAUUGGAUGUCUAUCUUUCUUUUGCCCCAAAGUGUAGUCAAGGAAGUUGAAAGACUUUGUAGAGGGUUCCUUUGGGGAGUUUCUGGGCAGAGGAGUAAAUUGCAUCUCCCUUCUUGGAAAAAAGUUUGCCUUCCCAAAUCUUAUGGUGGAUUGGGGUUUCGAGAUGGUUCUUUGUGGAACCGGUCUGUGCUGGCCAAGUAUAUUUGGGCCUUAUCUUUCAAGCCUGACUUAUUGUGGGUUAAGUGGAUUAAUUCCAUUUAUCUGAAAGAUAAUAGCUUUUGGAACUAUGAGUUAAAGGGGGACUGUAGCUGGUAUUGGAGGAAGUUGUGUCAUCUGAAAAAGUAUUUCAGCUAUGCUGCCAUUUCAGCUGCUGGUAUGCAGAGAAAAUUCUAG